AAAGGCAGAGUCAAGCUUAAACCCUCCCACUGAUAGGUUAAAGCACAGAAACACUCCCCCGGUGAGUUUUUACACUCCAUCAGCGCCAAAGCUCUCAGAUCUAAAGCUCUCGGAGUCAAUGCAUGCAAGUCGACCACAGCCUUGUAAGAAGAGACCCAAUGUCUACCCCAGCGCCGAACACCUCCAACCACACCAACUCCACCGUGUACCCCAGCGAGGGCAUGCGCGUGCUGCAGAUGGCGGUGACCGUGAUGAUCUUCAUCGUGGGCGUCUCUCUAAACGCUCUGGUGGUCUGGGCGCUGGGGGUUCGAGUUUGGUGCCGCAACAGAGGAGUGACCGGCGAAACGCAGACCGCCGACAGCUUCCGGAUCUACGUGGUGAACCUGGCGCUGGCGGAUUUGGUGCUGCUGUUACGGACGCCGCUUAUGCUACCCUACUUAGCGAACCACUUCACUUGGACGUUGGGGGAGCCUGUGUGCAAGCUGGUGAUUUAUUUGCGAUGCCUGGGAUUGUACGCGAGCGCGUUCUUGCUGUGCGCCGUCGCGGUGGAGCGCUGCUUGUGUCUCCUCAGACCAGUUUGGGCUCGAUUGAGACGCCCUCGUUGGGUCGUGCCACUGGCUUGCGCCGCAAUAUGGGUGUUGGCGGCGGUUUUCGCCGUUCCAUACAUCGAAACAGCCAAAGUCAUUCUCUGGGCAAACCGUGAGGCUUGCAUUGAAAGCGAUUUGGGAGUAGGGCAAGCUUUAAACGUGUUGGAGACCGUGGCGGGAUUCUUGCUACCUUUGGUGAUAUUCUUGUCGUGCAAUAUCGCCGUGAUAUUUUGCGCAAAGAAAGCCGAGAGCACAAUGUCUUCCCCAACCUCGCCAUCCGGACCGGGUUACACAACCCACCGUCUGACCCGUCUCUAUCGUGUACUCUUCCUCACCAUGCUCCUCUUCCUCACCUGCUGGGUGCCGUACUUCACCUGA